AUGGAAGAGACUAAUUUCCACCGUGCCCCGAUGACUUCUAUCGAACCCGAUGCUGACAUUGAGGAUGAAAGUAUCUCUGUCAUUGAGAAGGCUCACGAUGGCCCAGCACCUUCAGAGGAGACGGUGAACUUCAGUGUUGAAAGGAACAUGGAAGCUGCACCUGGGUUGGACCCCCUAGCCCGCAAAAAGUCUUACUGGCAAAAGCUGGCGAUCUUCCAAGCCGAUUCUUUCCAACGGAAGGCCAACUUCAGAGGCAUGAUCCUGCGUCCGUUGAUCUUCUUUUCAUUCCCUGUCAUAUCCUUUUCUGGUUUCAUGUACGGCGCCAUUGUUUGUUACUUCAACAUUCUCAACGGCACGGCGUCGGUGAUUCUGUCGAGCCCGCCAUACAACUUUUCGGCGAGCAAGGUGGGCCUCUCCUACGUUUCAUGUCUCAUUGGGGUCUUCAUUGGGGCUUUUUUCUCAGGCCCAUUGGGCGAUAGGUUCGUUCUGUGGAAGGCAAGAAGAAACAAUGGCAUUAUGGAGCCAGAGCACCGACUAUGGCUCUACACUAGCCUGUACAUCCUCAUCUCCGGGGGCUUUUUGGUUUGGGGCCUCGGUGCGGCACAUCAAAUCCACUGGUUCGGCCUUGUCUUCGCGAUGGGGAUGUUGGCCGCUGCCAUCACCAUAGGCUGCCAGUUGCCCAUCAGCUACUGUAUCGACUCCUACAAGAAUAUGAGCGGGGAUGCCAUCGUCACGGUGAUUCUGAUCCGCAACACCAUGAGCUUUGCCGUCAGCUACGGGGUGACCCCUUGGACGGAAACAAUGGGCUAUCAGAAUGCCUUUAUCAUGGCGGCAUUCGUUGCAAUGGCGCAGAUUUCCCUCUUCUUCACCCUCAUCAAAUACGGCAAGAGACUUCGGAAGGCUAGCACUCCUCAUUACUGGAAGUACGUCAACCAGCUCCAGGCCGAAGGUCUUGUACAUUAG